UUCGCCUCGGCCUUCGCUCCACCCAAAAACCUCGAGCCAAAACCCACUCCGUCGCCGUUUCCUCCUCUCUCUGUCUUUCAAUCCACAAUUGCAACUCCGGGAAUGCUCCUCUUCCCUGUCCUGUCACCUUGCGCCACUUUCGAUGGCGACGCCAAUCGCGCCUCCUCUCUGUCUUCGUAACCCAGGUGGGAUUCAAACGCGGAGCUCCAUGGAGCUCUGGGAAGCUUGCCAUCUCUUACCCCUGGGGCGCCGCCGCGGGGUCGACCACUAUUUGCGGUUUGGUUCCCCGGGAAGGUUGCUCCCGCCAUAUAAUUGGCAAUGGAUGCUACAGCAGAAUGAAAUGAAGGCCAUUUUUUGCCCUGGAAUUUCUUCCCAUCUUUCAGGAACAUUGAUCUCCCCGAUGGAUGGUGACUCAGCCAUAACAUGCAAAGGGGUGCAGAAGGUACUUUGGAGUGUCAAAGCUGAUAUAGAAGAUGGCUAUUUGUUAUUUAUAACAGGCGAUCCUGUUUCCCUAGGCUGUUGGGAGCCAGAUAUGGCUAUUCGCUUAUCUCGCUGUAGAGGACAUGCUAACUUAUGGACAUCUGAAAUAAAGGUACCUUGUGGGAUUCAUUUCAAAUACAAUUAUUUCAUAAAAGACAAGAAACAGCGUUCUAGGGACCCUGUUUGGAGACUGGGGCCUGAGUUCUCUCUAUCCAUACCUUCUCGUGGUGGAGAAAAUGAAGUGAUCGUGGUGAGAGAUUGUUGGAUGAGGACUAGAAUACAAGGACCACCAGUUCCCUCAUGGGGAUCAUGGAUGCUGGAUGUAGACUUUCCUGACAAUCACAUCAUGCAUGAAAGUUAUCGAGCUUCCUCUGCAGGUGAGCUUGAGAUAUUGGGAAGUCUUAAUGGUGCUUCUUUGCUGGAUGAACAUUCGUCAGAAGAUUGUAUGCCUAAAGAAGACCGUAAAUUGUUAGAUAUGGAUACCAAAAAGAAUUCUGAAGGUUCUGAGGAGAAACUUUCCGAACAAGAACAACCUGUUGAGGAACCAUGGCUCCUUCGAUCUACUCUUCUAUCUUUUAGUGAUUCUGGUGAACUUGGUGAUGCAAUCAGUCAAGAAGAACAACAACCAGAAAAGGGACUGGGAAAGUUGCAUGAGAUUGAAAAAAUGUCACCCAAGGAUGAUCACAAGCUAGUCCACAUCGAUGAACCUGCUUCAACAGUAAUACUUAUAAAUUCAUCCGGAUGCACCAUGCAAAGAAUUGCUGUAUUGGAAGAUGAUAAGCUUGUUGAGCUACUAUUGGAACCGGUGAAAAAUAAUGUACAGUGUGAUAGUAUAUAUUUAGGUGUGCUCACAAAGCUUGUUCCCCAUAUGGGUGGGGCAUUUGUAGAUAUCGGGAUAUCACGGCCUUCCUUUAUGGAUGUUAAGCGGAAUAGAGAACCAUUUGUGUAUCCUCCAUUCCAUAAUGAGAUUGAGAGAGAGUCUGCUAACAAUUCUAAUAGGCUUGAACCAAAAGUUAAUACUGAAAACCAUGGGCAUGACCAGCCUUAUGAUGAAGAUGAUAUGUCCGAUGAGUUAUUAGACGUAGACCAUCUUGAUGAACAUGAAGUAGCAGAUGAACUGGAUGUCUCUGAUGCUAAUGAGAUGAACAUGAAUGAUGAUAUAAUUGAGUACAAUGGUGUAGUUGAUUCCGAAGAAAAUAGUGAGGAACAUGGGAUUCACAUUGAAGACGAGUAUAUGGAUGAUUUCCUCCCACUAGCAACAACAAGCUCAAACAGCUCUGGUCUCCCACUUCUAAUACGACGGAGCUUGAGGAAUUCUGAUGUCAUUGGUAAGGACAAAAAUAAAUGGGGUCAUGUUCGUGAAGGAACAAAAGUAAUCGUGCAAGUGGUUAAAGAGGGACUAGGGACAAAAGGUCCUGCUCUAACUGCUUAUCCUAAUCUAAGAAGCAGAUUCUGGAUAUUAAUCACUCGAUGUGAUAGGAUAGGAGUCUCAAAGAAGAUCACAGGGGCAGAACGCACUCGCUUAAAAGUUAUUGCAAAAACAUUGCAACCCCCAGGUUUUGGUUUAACAGUACGAACAGUUGCUGCUGGUCAUUCUUUGGAUGAACUGAAAAAAGAUCUUGAUGGUUUAAUUUCAACAUGGAAAGGCAUAAUUGAACAUGCAAAAUCUGCAGCUUUAGCUGCUGAAGAGGGUGUAGAAGAUGCAGUUCCUGUAAUGUUGCACAGGGCUAUGGGUCAGACCUUGUCUGUUGUUCAAGACUAUUUCAAUGAGAAGGUUAAGAGCAUGGCUGUCGAUUCUCCUCGAACUUAUCAUGAGGUUACCAGCUAUCUCCAGGAAAUUGCACCAGACUUGUGUAACCGGGUUGAGCUCUAUGAUAAAAGAAUUCCUAUUUUUGAUGAGUACAACAUCGAAGAAGAGAUCAACAGCAUUCUUAGUAAAAGGGUCCCUCUGUCUAAUGGAGGUUAUCUGGUGAUUGAACAGACUGAAGCUUUGGUUUCAGUCGAUGUUAAUGGGGGCCAGUGCAUGCUAGGAGAAGGGACAUCUCAGGAGAAAGCUGUUCUAGAUGUCAAUCUUGCAGCUGUGAAACAAAUUGCAAGGGAGCUACGUCUAAGAGAUAUUGGUGGCAUCAUUGUGGUCGAUUUUAUUGAUAUGGUUGAUGAAUCAAAUAGAAGGCUAGUCUAUGAAGAAAUGAAGAAGGCAGUUGAAAGGGAUCGGUCAACAGUGAGAGUUUCUGAGCUAUCUAAGCUUGGAUUGAUGGAAAUCACCAGGAAGAGGGUCCGCCCGAGUGUGACAUUCAUGAUCAGUGAACCAUGCACUUGCUGUCAUGCUACUGGUCGUGUGGAAGCUUUAGAAACAUCAUUCUCAAAGAUUGAACACGAAAUAUGCCGCUUGCUUGCUGUCUCUAAUCAGAAGCCAGACCCUGAUAACGCGAAGUCUUGGCCACGGUUUGUGCUAAGGGUGGACCGUUACAUGUGCAACUACUUAACAUCAGGAAAGCGAACAAAGCUUGCAGUCUUAAGCAGUUGUCUAAAAGUGUGGAUUUUAUUGAAGGUGGCCAGAGGAUUUCCUCGAGGAACAUUUGAGGUGAAACCAUUUGCAGAUGACAAGGCAAGUGAAGCGAAGCAAGUUGCUAUUUCCAGAUUGCGGCCUGCAGAAGCUGCUGCUUAUAUUUCAAGCACCAAGCUCACUCUUUUCCCUGUCAAGAAAUGGAAGAGUCGAAAAAAAUGAAGGCGCUUUCGAUGAGCUAUCUCCACUCCCUGAAUCAACCAUUUGAAAAUUUUCUUGUGUAAUCGUGGGAUUUGAAAUCAUGGCAUAUGGAGCUUUAUUCUUCACAUUUGAUAACAUAAAGAGGUCAUUUAUGUGAGCUUUAUGUUGGUUAUAAUAAUGAAAUUUCUCGAACA